ACUUCAGAACAAGUGAAACUUCAGGAGUUGUACAGACUCACCUACUCUGGCUGAAGAUCUCAGCUCACCCUGAGGCCAUGGGAGUCACCUACGGAAAGAAAGUAAGUAACUAUUAUGUUUCCUUCCUCAUUUCUUCACUUCUGAUUUGACACGAUGCUGGAUUCUGACAAAUCUCAGAUCACAUGGUCAGCUUGCAGGGUGGUGCGGCAGAGACAUGCAUGACGCAUGCAUUAUGUUAAUAGACUAGCAUGUUAAACAACUAUUCUAAUUAACUUUGAUGUGUCUGUAAGCCCAAAAAAGGUCUGAAGGUCUAUGACACUUGUGAGCUAAAAAACUUGUGGCAAUUGUUUUUCAAUCUUAUUCAUAUUUUGAACGUCAACCAGAUUGAAAGUUAAUGUUUGUCUCUGAAUGAACAUGUUUCAUAGAACUUGUUUCAUAGAAUAAAGAAUUACAGAACCUUUUGGUUUCCUUCUUUGGCCAGAGUUGCUUCACUGGCUAUUUACAAACUUGUUAACGGUUAAAAUGAGCCGUAGAAACCCACUGGUCACACCCCGGUUGAAUCAACGUUGUUUCCACGUCAUUUCAAUUAAAUGACUUUGAACCAACGUGAAAUAGACGUUGAUUUGACGUCUGUACCCAGUGGGAACCUUCUGAAAGAUUCUGACAGCAAUUGAAAGAGUGACAGGAUGUUUUGUCUGGACCUUCAAGUAACCCAAAAUAAUUGUGUAUUGACGGUGCUUUUAAACAGCUUGGAAAAUUCCAGAAAAUGAUGUCAUGGCUUUAGAAGCUUCUGAUAGGCUAACUGACAUCAUUUGAGUCAAUUGGAGGUGUACCUGUGGAUGUAUUUCAAGGACUACCUUCAAACUCAGUGCCUCUUUGCUUGACAUCAUGGGAAAAUCAAAAGAGAUCAGCCAAGACCUCAGAAAAUUUUUUGUAGACCUCCACAAGUCUGGUUCAUCCUUGGGAGCAAUUUCCAAAUGCCUGAAGGUACCGCGUUCAUCUGUACAAAAAAUUGUACGCAAGUAUAAACACCAUGGGACCACGCAGCCGUCAUACCGCUCAGGAAGGAGACGCGUUCUGUCUCCUAGAGAUGAACGUACUUUGGUGCAAAAAGUGCAAAUCAAUCCCAGAACAACAGCAAAGGACCUUGUGAAGAUGCUGGAGGAAACCGGUACAAAAGUAUCUAUAUCCACGGUAAAACAAGUCCUAUAUCGACAUAACCUGAAAGGCCGCUCAGCAAGGAAGAAGCCACUGCUCCAAAACUGCCAUAAAAAAGCCAGACUACGGUUUGCAACUGCACAUGGGGACAAAGAUCGUACUUUUUGGAGAAAUGUCCUCUGGUCUGAUGAAACAAACGUGAAAUAGAUGUUGAUUUGACGUCUGUACCCAGUGGGAACCUUCUGAAAGAUUCUGACAGCAAUUGAAAGAGUGACAGGAUGUUUUGUCUGGACCUCCAAGUAACCCAAAAUAAUUGUGUGUCUGUGUGAAACAACACGUAGACUAGACCCAGUAAGAGCAGCAUGUUUACCCCAGAGCUAAGGUCCUGCUGUCGUGUCACAUUAAUGUCACAUUAGUGGUCUACGCACAAAAUCCUCUCCCAGAGAUUAGCCAAUCAGUGGCAAUACCACCUCAUUAUCUAAAGAGCAGUGAACCAACAGAGAUGCCAUUACUACAGUUCAACCAGAUGUACACACACAUACUCUCCUCAUAUUCAUUAGCAGGGUCAAUUCCUCUUUGAACAGUGAUGCUAUUGCUAAACCUCAACAAGAUCAUAGACUACACUCUCCUGAUAUUCAUUAGAUGACAUCAUGUUAGUAUUACCUUAACUGAAGUAUUACAUUACUAUGGCUCAACAAGAUCAUAGACUCUUCUCCUGUUAGGGAUGGAUCCAAAUUUACAGAAUGGUUACCUGGAGUAAAAUGGAGGAGGGUCAUGCUUUUUCAAUUUCAGUCAAGGGGAGGGUUUAGUAUUUUUUAAAUCUAGUCCAGGGGAAGGUCAUGUCAUUUGUAAUUGAUGAAAUUUAAAUAUUUCUCAGUGUUUCAGAACUAGUUGCUUAUUAGGCUAUAUAUCGAUGUGUGCGUGAUGCCACCCCUCAUCUCUGAUUCUCCGCUGGGCGUGCAAUAUCAAGUGUGCCUAUAGGCACCAGUCCUACCUAUGAUAACAUUUACAAAGAUUAUACCUUUUUUUAAACAAUAAUGUUUUUUAUUUUUACGUUUUUAGUCAUUUAGCAGACGCUCUUAUCCAGAGCGACUUACAGUUAGUGAGUGCAUACAUUUUAAUACUGGCCCCCCGUGGGAAACGAACCCACAACCCUGGCGUUGCAAGCUCCAUGCUCUACCAACUGAGCUACAGGGGACUAAUUUUAUAAAUUAGUAUAUUUGAGUUUAACCAAUGAUGUGUUUAUCAGAGUUAUUGACCUCACAAUAAGUCAGAUUCAAGUAACGUACAUUGUGGUGCUGAAACAUGAAGCAGCAGCCGCAGUGCAAUCAAAGAUUUUUAUGAAAAUAAAACAGAUCUGAUUAUAUAAAGUGAUCUAUAACAGUGCUUUGGUCUGUGAUGCUUUAUGCUACAAACAAGCUGUAAAAUACCAGAGAAAGACUUGACUCCGUUGCAUAUGGGGAUAUCAUUGCUUCGUUUCUUUGACAUUCAUAGGCUGAGCUACGACCUUCUAUAGCCGAGGAGACAAAAACAUGACUUUGUUUGGAAAGUAAUCUAAUUCUGUCACUAUCAAUUGAUGAAGCUAUUCACUUUCUGUCCAGUAGAAGAUAUUUAAACAGACAGCUAUUAGGAAAACACUUGUGACCUUCUCUCAUUGGGUUAAGCCAAGAGUAGCCGGCAGUUAAAACUUACAUUUUUCUGCAUCCGGCAGUUAAAGCUUACAUUUUUCUGCAUCGGUAGGCCUACUGUCUGGGGUGGAAAAUUAGGCCUAACUUUUGAAAGUACCAUGCUCAGAUUCCUAAUGAUGUCUCAGAUUUAAUUAUUUGCGAACAAGGGCAGUUUCUUUGCAAAUUUCCAUCCAUUUUCAUUUCAGAGGUCCGAUUUUCUCCCUGUAAUCCUUAUAAUGAAUAACAUUCACUCCCUUAGUCAGUAGCUGAUCAUGUUAGUAUCAGGGUUGGGGGUCAAUACCAUUUCAAUUUAGUCAUUUGUGGUGGUGGAUCAGGACAAAAUGACAAAGAAGCUUAAAAUAGCAGCACACCACUGCCAAUAGGUAGACUGAGUUGCUGUGUAUAAAGUUAUGUUUGCAUUAAAUAUUACAGGGGCUACCUGCUAUGGCUACAUACAUUUUUUUACUUUUAAAAUAGUGAUAUAUACCCAUUGAUUUUUUUAAAUAAUACAACUUAUAGAUGCCUCAUGAGCUUACAUUAAAUUGUCAUACCAAAAUAUAAGCUUGUUUUACUUCUUUGUUUGUAAACAAUGUACUGUAAAUGUAAACAAACACUGUAUAGCCUCAAAACAUGUGUCUCUAUUCAAUCCGUAUGAGAUAGUCAAAACUAUCAUUUUGAUAUCAGUCCUUGUAUCCAUAGCUCUGUCCAUUAGUUUUUAGAGUGGUUACAUUUCUCCAGCCCCAUCUCUCAGCUGUUUACCAAAUCAGUGGUGGUGAGGCUUUAUCAUUGUUUGAAAUGCAGAUUUCCUUUCUUUGAACUAUUUGUAUGCUGGCCUUUUGAAGGGGCAAAGAUCCUCCAAACUCAGGCCAUAAGAGAUGCUGUCUGGCUGACCUCCGUCUCAUGCAACAGAUGUACAUGUAGCUGAUUGCAAUGAACCAUUCUGUUUAGCUUUAAUUUAAAACAAUAUUGGACUUGCUUGUAAUCUGUAGCAGCAGUAUGUCCAGCAGCAGGAUUUAAUAUAAAAUACACUCAGUGGCCAGUUUAUUAGGGACCUUCACGAAAAUGGUUUGCUCCUACAGACAGUCACGUAGCCGUGGCUUGCUAUAUAAAGCAGGCAGACAGGCAUCGAGAUAUUCAGUUACUGUUCGAUUGAACGUUAGAGUGGGCAAAACGAGUGACCUAAGCGACUUUGAGCGUGGUCUGAUCGUCGGUGCCAGGCGCGCCAGUUCCACUAUCUCAGAAACGGCCAGGCUCCUGGGCUUUUCACACACUACAGUGUCUAGGGUUUACCGAGAAUGGUGCGACAAACAAAAAAACGUCCAGUCAGCGGCAGUCCUGUGUGCGAAAACAGUUUGUUGAUGAGAUGUCGAAGGAGAAUGGCAAACUAACAGCUGGGCCACAAACAGGCAAAUAACAGUGCAGUACAACAGUUGUGUGCAGAAUGGCAUCUCGGAACACACAAGUCGACGGUCCUUGUCACAGAUGGGCUAUUGCAGCAGACGACCACACCCAGUUCCACUCCUAUCAGCUAAAAACAAGAAGAAGCGGCUCCAUUGGGCAUGGUAUCACCAACACUGGACAAUUGAGGAGUGGAAAAACAACGCCUGGUCCGACGAACCCCGAUUCCUGUUGUGUCAUGCUGAUGGCAGAGUUGGGAUUUGGUGUAAGCAGUAUGAGUCCAUGGCCCCAUCCUGCCUGGUGUCAACGGUACAGGCUGGUGGCGGUGGUUUAAUGGUGAGGGGAAUGUUUUCCUGGAACACGUUAGGUCCCUUGAUACCAAUUGAAUAACGUUUCCAUGCCCCAAAGAAUUCAGGCUGUUCUGGAGGCAAAUGGGGGUCUGACCCGGUACUAGAUGGAAAACUGGCCAUUGAGUGUGUAUUGCUCCUCUAAACAAGGCUUUAUACUGUAUUUUAAAAAUGUUGUCAUGAAAGUUAUUGCGCAGUAACUAAGGCCUGUUGUUUGUGGGUUUGUCAGUAAUGAGGUGUAUGGCAGGCCUCCACAAGGGCCUCUUCUCUCCUCUCCUCUUGGUUCACUGGUCUUCUGGGUCUGUAACUGCCCCUUCACGUCUGGUCUAACACAAACAACAAAGGACCAUUGUUGAGCUGAUUGUCCAUUGGGACAAAAUGAGUAAUCUGUGAUCACCUCAUGAUAGACAUCCUCGAAAUUAGACCAUUCAAAAUAUUUGUGAAAAACAUGGUAUUACUGUGAGAGAAAGGGGGAGGGGGAGAGAGAGGGUGAGAGAGGGAGAGAGGGGGAGAGAGGGAGAGGGGGAGAGAGGGGAGAGAGAGGGAGGAGAGAGGGGGAGGGGGAUGGAGGAGGGGGGGGGGAGAGAGGGGGGGGAGGGGAGAGGGAGAGAGAGGGGAGAGGGGGGAGGGGGAGAGAGGGGAGGGGGAGAGAGGGGGGGGGGGGGUAGAGAGGGGAGAGGAGAGAGGGAGGAGGGAGAGAGAGAGGGCGGAGGGAGAGGGGGGAGGGGGGGGAGGGGGAGAGAGGGGGAGAGGGGGGAGGGAGAGAGAGGGAGGAGGGAGGGGCUGAGGGGGGGAGAGGGAGAGAGAGGAGGGGGAGGGGAGGGAGGAGGGGCGGGAGAGAGGAGAGGAGAGGAGGGGGGAGAGGGGGAAGAGGAGGGAGGAGGGGGAGAGGGGAGGGAGGGGAGGGAGAGAGAGGGAGGGAAGGGGGAGGAGGGGGGAGAGAGGAGAGGGAGGAGGAGGGGAGAGAGGAGGGGGGAGGGAGGGGGAGGUAGAGGGAGGAGGGGGAGAGAGAGAGAGGAGGAGGAGGAGGGGGAGGAGAGGAGGGGGGAGGGGGGAGAGGGGAGAGGGGGAGGAGGAGAGAGAGGAGGAGGGGAGGGGGAGAGGGAGAGAGAGGCGGGGGAAGAGAGGAGGAGAGCGAGGAGGAGAGGGAGGAGGGGAGGGGAGAGGGGCGAGAGAGAGGGGGAGAUGAGGGGAGGGGGAGAGAGGGGGGAGAGAGGGGGAGAGGGGGGAGAGGAGAGAGAGAGGACGAGGGGGAGGGAGAGAGAGAGGGAGGGAGAGGGGGGAGAGGGAGGGGAGGGAGGAGGGGGAGGGGGGGGGGAGGGGGAGAGGGAGAGAGAGGAGGGGGGGAGGGGGAGAGGAGGAGGGAGAGGAGAGGGAGGCAGAGGGGCGGGGAGUAGAGGAGGGGGAGGGGGAUUGACGAGGAGGAGGAGGGAGAGAGGAAGGAGAGAGAGGGCGGGAGAGGGGAGGGAGGGAGGGGGGAGAGAGAGGAGAGAGGGAGAGAGGGGGGAGAGGGGUGGCGGAGAGAGAGGAGAGAGGGGGAGGGGGAGAGGGGAGGGAGGGAGGGGGGGAGAUGGAGAGAGAGAGGGAGGGAGGGAGGGGGGUGGGAGGGAGAGGAGAGAGAGGGAGGGAGGGAGGGGGAGGGGGAGAGAGAGGGAAGGGAGGGAGGGAGGGGGGGAGAGGAGGAGGGAGGGAGGGAGGGAGGGGGAGAGAGAGGGAGGGAGGGGGGAGGAGGGGGAGGGGGGAGAGAGGGGAGGGAGGGGGGAGGGAGGAGGGAGGGAGGGGGGAGAGGGGAGAGGAGAGGGAGGGAGGGAGGAGGGGGGGGAGAGAGAGGGAGGGAGGGGGGGAGAGAGAGGGAGGAGGGGAGAGGAGAGGGGGGGGAGAGGGGGGGAGGGAGAGGGAGGGAGAGGAGGAGGGAGGGAGGGGGGGGAGAGGGGGGCGGGGUGACAAUACUGUGAUACAUACUACUGUAUUCUUUGGUCUUAUUGUGAUGACAACAUCGGUGACAUGAAGCGUCUGACAGUUUCUCAUGUGGUUGAUUGUGUUUUACCUGUUGACAGAGUGAACACCACCUCCAACUCUCUCCCACGAGAAGUACAACACCUCUGAAUGGAACAGGUGAGAACAAUCAAUCUGUUAUCCGAUAAGAAUAGAAGAAGAAUAGAUCACUGAACAUCUACCUGUAUUGUCAUUAGACAAUGAAGAUGUAGGGCAGUUAUCCCAGACACAGAUUAAGCCUAGUCCUGGACAGAAAAAGCAUGCUCAAUGGAGAAUCUCCAUUGAAAGUCCUUCCUAGUCCGGGACUAGACAUAAUCUGCGUCUGGGACACCAGCCUGCGGUGUGUAUCUACUAUGAGGUGUGUGGAGGUGCUUUGUGAUACUGUAAAUCCCCAACCAUAUUGUGAUGGGUGUAAUUGUGUAAAUAAACUCAGCAAAAAAAAGAAACAUCCUCUCACUGUCAACUGUGUUUAUUUUCAGCAAACUUAACAUGUGUAAAUAUUUGUAUGAACAUAACAAGUUUCAACAACUGAGACAAAAACUGAAAAAGUUCCACAGACAUGUGACUAACAGAAAUUGAAUAAUGUGUCCCUGAACAAAGGGGGGGGGGUCAAAAGUAACAGUCAGUAUCUGGCGUGGCCACCAGCUGCAUUAAGUAUUGCAGUGCGUCUCCUCCUCAUGGACUGCACCAGAUUUGCCUGUUCUUUCUGUGAGAUGUUACCCCACUCUUCCACCAAGGCACCUGCAAGUUCCCAGACAUUUCUGUGGGGAAUGGCCCUAGCCCUCACCCUCCAAUCCAACAGGUCCCAGACGUGCUCAAUGGGAUUGAGAUCCGGGCUCUUCGCUGGCCAUGGCAGAACACUGACAUUCCUGUCUUGCAGGAAAUCACGCACAGAACGAGCAGUAUGGCUGGUGGCAUUGUCAUGUUGGAUGGUCAUUUCAGGAUGAGCCUGCAGGAAGGGUACCACAUGAGGGAGGAGAAUGUCUUCCCUGUAACGCACAGCGUUGAGAUUGCUGACUCUGCCCCAGACCAUGACGGACCUCCACCUUCAAAUCGAUCCUGCUCCUGAGUACAGGCCUCGGUGUAAUGCUCAUUCCUUCGACAAUAAACGCGAAUCCGACCAUCACCCCUGGUGAGACAAAACCGCGACUCGUCAGUGAAGAGCACUUUUUGCCAGUCCUGUCUGAUCCAGCGACGGUGGGUUUUUGCCCAUAGGCGACGUUGUUGCCGGUGAUGUCUGGUGAGGACCUGCCUUACAACAGGCCUACAAGCCCCCAGUCCAGCCUCUCUCAGCCUAUUGCGGGCAGUCUGAGCGCUGAUGGAGGGAUUGUGCAUUCCUGGUGUAACUCGGGCAGUUGUUGUUGCCAUCCUGUACCUGUCCCGCAGGUGUGAUGUUUGGAUGUACCGAUCCCGUGCACGUGUUGUUACACGUGGUAUGCCACUGCGAGGACGAUCAGCUGUCCAUCUUGUCUCCCUGUAGCGCUGUCUUAAGCGUCUCACAGUACGGACAUUGCAAUUUAUUGCCCUGGCCACAUAUGCAAUCCUCAUGCCUCCUUGCAGCAUGCCUAAGGCACGUUCAUGCAGAUGAGCAGGGACCCUAGGCAUAUUUCGUUUGGUGUUUUUCAGAGUCAGUAGAAAGGCCUCUUUAGUGUCCUAAGUUUUCAUAACCAUGACCUUAAUUGCCUACCGUCUGUAAGCUGUUAGUGUCUUAACGACCGUUCCACAGGUACAUGUUCAUUAAUUGUUUAUGGUUCAUUGAACAAGCAUGGGAAACAGUGUUUAAACCCUUUACAAUAAAGAUCUGUGAAGUUAUUUGGAUUUUUACGAAUUAUCUUUGAAAGACAGGGUCCUGAAAAAGGGACGUUUCUUUUUUUGCUGAGUUUAGGUCCGGCGGUUGGUUUCUGGUGAGGAGAUUUAAACAGGGCGGGGCUUGAGCCCCUGGAUAAUCCAACCUAGAGUGGAGGCACGGAGCAGAGUGGAGGGAGGGACAGUGGAGGGAGAGAGGAGGGGAGAAAGAGAGGGGCAGGAUGAAAGUCACAAAGCGAAGGGGAGGGAAGGGAGAGAAGGGAGAGGAGGUAGAGAGGAGGGAGAGAGGGUAGAGGGGGGAGAGAGGGUAGAGGGGGGAGAGGGUAGAGGGGGGAGAGAGGAGGGAGAGAGGGUAGAGGGGGGAGAGGGUAGAGGAGGGAGAGAGGGGAGAGGAGGGGAGGGAAGGGAAGGGAGAGAGGUUAGAGGAGGGAGAGGGGGUAGAGGAGGGAAGGGAAGGGAGAGAGGGUAGAGGAGGGAGAGAGGAGAGGACGAGAGAAAGAGGGGAGGAGGGGAGACAAUGUAUGGAGAGAGAGGGGACAAUAGUGAGGCUACAGGACGACCUGAGCGGUCAUGUGACUGACUGGCGGCUAGCGGUGUGGCCAGGGCUGGAGGUGGGGCUGAGGUGGGAUGGAGACAGAGGUGUUAGGGUAGUGGAACAGGGAGUGGCUGUAGUGGUAGGCUCCCAGACCCAGCCCAGCUUUGGCCAGAGCUCUGGAUUCAUAGUGCCAGUGAUAGCUUUGCUAGCUUACUUAUCACUAGCUGGGCCCUGGGCUCCAUAGAAGAGAUGGAUACUAGCAGUGUCAUCCCAAACAGGACACCAGGGAGGCAGAGAGAGGGACUGGUCAAGUCAGGUAAGGGACCUAUAGAUAAUUUCACAGUGAGAGAAGCAACUGCAUAGGAAGUGAUUGAUGAUGGGUGUAAAAAGGGCAUCAUGUGUUGGGUUUGUGAGUACAUCAUUCAUUUAUACAUACAUGAAUGAUUCGAUAUUGGGUUGAUGGGUGUUGACGAUCAUGUUUCAAUCCCUCUUGAAAAUCACGGAGGCAAACUUUGUAUUUAUGCAAAAAUGCCAACUAUUUGUAAAUAUGGUCCUUGGAGUUUGAUAGUGAAAUGUAUAACCACAGAAAAUGUGCAUGCUGAGCUGGUAAAAUAGGACACCUGUUUUGCUAUGUAGUUCUGAUAUGGAGAAAGGUAAUGCCCUAGCUUGGUCCCAGAUCUGCCUGUGCUGUAUAGCCAACUCCUAUGAUGUUUCCCAUGUCAAUAACCAUAGGAGUUGGCAAGACAGCACAAACAGAUCUAGGGCUAGGCUACUAAUGCAUCACUGUUGCCCAUGCCAAGGAAUAGAAAAUAAGCUUAACACACCAUAACUGACCUAUCUCCCAUAACAAACAGCUGUGGUGCUAUAAACAGAACAAAAUGACCUGUUUAGCUGAUUCUGCUGCUGUGAUGCAACUGGAGUGUGUCUUGCCAGCGGAAAAGGGACAUGAUUUUAGUUGUGUAAUGUUACUAAGUGAUGUAACCUCUAUCAUCAUUUCUGCUCCUGUCUAAUAUGAGGCUUGUUUUAAAGACGAGGAUGUGAGCUCCGGCAAAACAUUCAAGUUGACUUUGUCUCUGUCCCCCAGCCUCAGCCCACUCUGGCCUGCUGUCAGAACAGGAUGGAGAGCAGGGUCAGGGUCAAUGUGCAGAGGACAAAGAGCAUGGGAAGUCAGGUGGAUCACCACCUCAGCCAGAGAGUCAGGAGGAGGAGGGCAGGGAUCUUAUCAUCCAGCCCAAGAAGCGCCUCAACCCGGUCAGAGUCUCCAAGAGCCACCAGGAGCUCCACAGGGAAUUAAGGAUGACACACAAGAGGUAGCCCAUGCACACAUGCUGCACAUAGAUAUGAACACGCACACACUUUAACUAUCCUAAUUGUUCUCUGUCAGAGGUCCCUGUCUGGAGGUGAAGCCGGAGCUCCAGCGUGUUCUGGAACAGAGGAACUGGGAACAGGGGAUGAAACAGAGGAGAGAGGCAGAGGAGGAGAAGAAGAACAGGUCUCCUCUCCAACAGGAACUGUUCAAGAGGCACCAGAGGCUGGAGGAGGUUAGUAUGCUUCAUGUCAACGUCGCAGAGACUGCAUUCACGGUAAAUGCUGCAUAUGUCGGCAACUUUGAACACAGAGCUUCCACGAUUCUUUGGCGAUAAGGCUUGAAUCCAAACCCUUGCUUUCCGUCUGUCUGAUUUGUCAAAGUUGACAUGAUUUACAUUGCACACAGCUUCACUCAUGCAUUACUAGCUCAUUUACAUACAAUGCUCAUUAUUAAAAUGUAUGAUAGGGUCAAAGCAGACAUGAUAUUCAGUUCCUGCGAACUUUACAUGCAUUCCAAUCUACUCCUGUAUUCAAUGACUGUCAGUGUCCAUCUGUUCCCUGCAGCUGGAGAGGGAGCUAAAGGCACAACAACAACAGGAGGGCCUGCAGAGUUCCCCAGAGUUCAUCAGAGUUAAAGAGAGCCUGAGACGCACCACCAUACUGGAUGUGGGGGAGAAGGUAGUUUAAAAUGACUGACAGGAAGAUGUGUAAAGUAUGGUUAGAGUGGCAUGGGGUUGUUGGAGCAUCUACAUGAGGUGUGGAUAGAUAGGAGGGUGUGGAUACGUGACUACAUGGAGGUGUAGCAAGUGAAGGUGAAGGAAGAUUGUGUGACAUUGAGCUAUUCGAUUGGGUUGAAGUUGGUGGGAUAGUAUGCUUGGCAUAGUUCAGCUGCAUGGGAGUACAGAUAGAUGCAUGCAUGGUGCAGAUUGGUACCUGAACCUGUCCUCGGACACUUGUCUUCUCCGAAAGAGCCUACUGCCUGAAGGUAACCACCCCUUGUCCAAUUUACCUUUGAAGCACAUCUUUAUUUGUUCCAAUUAGGGAUCGACUCCCUGCUAGCCUGGUCCCAGAUCUGU